AUGCGAUAUUUUACCAUCAACCGUGCGGCUGAGUAUGAUACCUGCGCAAAGGUACCGGCAGAUCAGCUACCAGAGGAGGAGCGGUCCACACUGCCACUAGAUGAAACAGCUUUGAUCGAAGCAAGAUCCAAGAGCGCAGAGAAACGUAAACGCCGUGCGGCUGUGUGGGAGGUGCUCGUGUUGGGCCUGUUCUUCACGGUAAUCAUGCUCACGGCGUACGGUGAGAGAAGUCCGCUGUCCUACUACAUGGCACAGAACGUGAAGGAACAGAUUGUGGAGGGAGACUACUCAGAGGUGAAGGACAUAGAGUCAUUCUGGAGCUGGAUUCAACGUGACCUGAUCCCGACAACACGUUCAGCAGAGUGGUACAACGGGCGCGCCAAGGCAGCAGACACAGUACUGCAGGACAUGUUAACUCAUCCUCUGGUGGUGGUACAGUUGAGACAAGGAUGGAAACGUCAGAACGAGACAAGCAAUCUAACGGCAACGGAAGAAAUGGAAACGCCUUGGAAGUACAAGUUUGCGUCACUGAUUGACAGCUUCCCAUAUUUUGGACAGCAUGGCACAUAUUACACAGGUGGUUACUACGCCCAGCUUGGAAAGACUUGUGCAUCGAGUCGUCGUCUGGCAACAUUCCUACAGCAGCACAGAUGGUUAAAUGAACGAACACGUGCCGUCUUCGUGGAGAUGAUUCUAUACAACCCACAUGCGAACCUGUUCUCUAUGGUGACUCUAGUGGUAGAGUUUACCAACCUGGGAGCUGUCUACAAGGGGGCCGAGGUUGUAACCUUGAGGCUGAUCCAACAAGACGCCAUCUUACUCUUCGUGUUACGAGCUGUGUUGGCAGCCUUCAUUCUAUUCUUUGCUAUAAAAGAAGGUAACUAA